AUGGCUCUCAUUCGGAUGGUUACCGGAUAUUUAUAUAUCCUUGUCAUUUGCACAGCAUAUGGUUCUACUUUGUCUUCAAAUGCUGAAAUAAAAGUUAAUCCUCCUCAGGAUUUUGAAAUAGUGGAUCCUGGAUAUUUGGGUUAUCUCUACUUACAAUGGCAACCCCCACUGUUUCUGGAUGAUUUUGAUGAAUGCACAGUAGAAUAUGAAUUAAAAUACAGAAAUAUUGAUAGUGGAAGCUGGAAGACCAUCAUUACUAAGAAUCUACAUUACAAAGAUGGCUUCGAUCUUAACAAAGGCAUUGAGGCAAAGAUUCAUACAGUCCUGCCAGGGCAGUGCACAAAUGGAUCAGAAGUUCAAAGUUCAUGGUCAGAAACUACAUAUGAGACAUCACUACAAGGAAACCUGGAUACUAAAAUUCAGGAUAUGGAGUGCAUAUAUUACAACUGGCAAUAUUUAUUUUGCUCUUGGAAACCUGGCACAGGUGCUCUGUUUGGUACAAAUUACAACUUGUUCUACUGGUAUGAGGGCUUGAACCAUGCGUUAGAGUGUUCUGAUUAUACCAAGGAUAAUAAAAUAAAUAUUGGAUGUAGAUUUCCCUAUUUGGAGUCAUCAGACUAUACAGAUUUCUACAUUUGUGUUAAUGGAUCAUCAGAUUCAAAGCCGAUUAGAUCCAGCUAUUUUGUUUUUCAGCUUCAAAAUAUAGUUAAACCUUUGCCACCAGACUAUCUUAGUUUAACGGUGAAGAAUUCAGAGGAAAUACUCUUGAGAUGGGACUUGCCCAGAGGGCCAAUUCCAGCCAAGUGUUUUAUUUAUGAAAUUGAGCUCACAGAAGAUGAUACUACCUUGGUGACUACCACGGUUGCGAAUGAAAUGUGUACCACAAGAACAUCAAAAGAAAGCCAGCAAUUAUGCUUUUCAGUUAGAAGCAAAGUGAAUAUUUAUUGCUCAGAUGAUGGAAUUUGGAGUGAGUGGAGUAUGGAGCAGUGCUGGAAAGGUGACCUAUGGAAGGAGACAAUGUUAUUUUUUUUGAUUCCAUUUGCUUUUGUCAUAUUAUUUGUUUUGUUAAUAACUUGUUUGGUUUUAUACAAACAAAAAACCAUAAUGAAAAUGGCAUUUCCUACUAAAAAGGAAGUAUUUUCUCAACAAGAAACUCUCUGAUAUCUCACCAAUUUUCAAUCUUAUGCCCA